AUUUAGAUUCUCUGUCGGUUUUCUGAAAGGAAAAACUUCGAGCAUUGUUCUCAAAUGUUCAAAUCUGACUUUAGGAAGAGUUAUUUUUUCAUUUUUUAAAUAUCUGCAAUUCGACUUUCUGAUUUGCAACACAGACUUCUUAAUUUAUGGAGGCCUCUGUUCUUUAAGUGCCUGAAUCUUUAUCUUUCUGUGCUUAGCUUUUCCAUGGUAAACUGGAAUUUCUUGACCUAGCAGACUUGCUGUCACAUUAAAUCCCAAUAGCCUUUUUUGUCAUAAUUGACCAAAAACUAAAAUAGAGUUGUCAAAUCUAUUUUGUGAGUGUGCAGAAGCUCCCAGACAAAUAUGUUAAAGAAUUUGGGCACAGACUCUCCGAUGUUGUAAGACUCACUGAUCGUAUUGGGGGAAUUUGGCAUGUGAGAUUGGAGAAGGAGGAAGAGAUAAUUUGGCUUCAUCAUGGCUGGGAGAAGUUCUAUGAAGACCACUCCAUCAAAUAUGGCUACUUUGUACUCUUUAAAUACAGAGGGAACUCAAACUUCAAAAUCCAUGUAUUUGACAUGACAGCCACCGAGGUUCACUAUCCAGCACAUAAUAGUCGUAAUUUUGAAGUAACGAACUAUCAUCCUGAGAAUUCUAUCCCUGAAAGGAAAGAGGAAAGUGAUGACGAUUCUCUUGUAAUCCUAGAUUCCCUCCCACCUAAACUAGUGGCAUGCUCUGAUCUUGAACAAAUGAAUUAUCAUCAUGGGAAUUCUAUCCUUGAAAGGAAAGAGGAAAGUGAUGACGAUUCUCUUCUAAUCCUAGAUUCCCUCCCACCUAAACUAGUGGGAUGCUCUUUGAGAAAUCCUACUCCAUGUCGAAGUGCGCUUGUGGCAAGACAUGAUAAAAGGGGAAAGAAGGCCGUGAAUGCUGCAGGAAUAUCUACUCUUACAUAUCCUUCAUUCACAGUCGAAAUGAAGGCUAACCUGAAGCCACAAUGGGUGGUGUACGUGCCAGCUCAAUUUGCUAAGGAUUAUCUCCCGAAGUCUCCAAAGUAUAUUGAACUUCAAGAUUCUGAUGGUAAGAAGUGGAAGGUUCGUGUCAAUUUAAGACCAAACUAUCAUACAGUGCGCGCUUUAAGCACAGGAUGGGCAAAUUUUGCGAAGGCAAAAAAAAUCGAGGUGGGAGAUACAUGCGUCUUUGAAAUCAUCCCUGGCAAUAAACCUGCUCUAAAGGUUUCAAUAUAUCACAACACGGGCAGAGUCCCAAGACUUCUAUGAAUCAUUCGGUAAUGCGAUUUCCUGUACCCCUAGAGGUAACAGCACUUUAACUGUGACAGAUGAAUCUAGUUACUUUAAGUAAGCUUGGGAAUGAUAAUUGCGUUUUGAGAGAAUAUCAAACAAUGUGAUUAAGCAAAAUAUUGUUACAAAAGGCGGGCAACUUCUAUUCAGUAGGGGGAAAUCUGUGUUUUUACUCA